CAUUUCAAAGUUUGCAAAAGUGCUGAGAUGGCGUAAAGGGAUUCGGAAAUGCACCCAGCGGCCAGCCUUCUGAAAGACCGUACAAUGUUUUGCCACAAUGAAAAGCCAACUGACCCAGGGCAAUGCCAUCUUUCAAGGAGUCGGUCUUGGCGGCGGAGGCGGUCAAAUAGUUUCACCAUCUGCACCUUACCAAGCAUCCCAGAAUAUCCAGGUUUCCAGGAUGUUAAGAAUAAUUAUUCCAGAGGUUCCAACUCUUGCUUCACACUGCUGGACCUGGGAAGAACAAGAUUUGAAAACCCACCAAACAGAAGCUCUGAGGGUCAAGCCAGAAACCUGGGUAACUCGGCAGUCCACUUCGCUAAAGGGCACAGUAAAACCAAAAGUAGUGUUUGUGACCAAUCUUUGCAAGAUUAUUUUAGUGAGAGACUUCUGAAGCUUAGAAACUAUGAAACAAAAACGUCAAACGGGAAGGUAAAAGUCUAUCUUAAUGAGAACCAGAACCCCAGCUACACCAGCAAGGGACUAAGGCGGAGAAGCACCUGUAGUGCCAUGAUACAGGUGAACCACAUGAAGUUGACAGAAAAAUCCCGUGAGUCAGCGGAUCCAGCCAAUGAAUACAUAGCAAUUUGCAGCAACGACCACAGCGACACUCAGAAUAUUGAAGAUUGCUCUCAGAGAAGGAGCUAUUUAGAAAGUUUGACUUUGAGCAUCAAUGGUCCCCUAGAAAUGCUUGUGCGAAGGACAUAAUUUUGGAUCAUUCAAGCAGAUAUUAUAAUGCACAAUUUUCCACUACCUUUCAAUA